UCCCCCAUUUUCCCGCACCACGCACCGAAGAAAAACAGAGAGAGAGAGAGAGAGAGAAAUCAAAGAUGGCAAUGGAGGUAGUUCCAGUGACAAGCCCUGACAUUCAUAAGAAGAACAGAAUUCAAGUCUCCAACACCAAGAAACCCCUCUUCUUCUAUGUCAAUCUCGCCAAGAGGUACAUACAGCAGCACAAUGAGGUUGAGCUUUCUGCUCUGGGCAUGGCAAUCACUACAGUUGUCACAAUUUCUGAGAUUCUGAAGAAUAAUGGUCUGGCUAUUGAAAAGAAAGUUUUGACAUCUACUGUUGGCAUGAAAGAUGAAUCCAAGGGCCGACUUGUUCAGAAGGCCAGGAUUGAGAUUUUGCUUGGGAAGACUGAAAAUUUCGACACUCUGAUGACCACUUCAACUCGGACACCAGAGACGGUUGCUAAAGAUAAUGAACAGGAUGAAAGCGAACACUAGCAUCAUAUUAUGUUCCAUUUUUUGUAGUUUUACAUUUCCAUCUUUUAUUACACUAGUUUAGAUAUAAGAGAGAGAGAUAUCAAGGUACUUAUCUAGUUAAGAUUGCUUCUGAUACGUGGUUGAUAAGAGAACAAAACAUGAAAUAUGUUGUUGUUAGCUUUUCUCUAGUUCAUUUUCCUUUCUUAAUUGUAAUUUUUCUUGCUGUUUUCUUUCAAACUUUCGUUUUUUCCCUGUUGUAAUGGCACAAUAUAUGACAGUGACAAUGACUGUAGAAGCAGGAAAUAAAU